GCGCCUCCUCGCCAACUGGCCAGCCGCGGUUCGUCGCUCCCUGCCCGGAGACCGGUGCUGUGUGGAUUUCACCGGGGAGCCUUCGACGGGUGCUGUCGAGCGGGGUUUUCUAAUCACAUUGACAGCGCGAGUGAGGCGCGCGAGCCGCUCUCUUAAACGGCCGCCCGACAGCGAUGGAUGUCGGGAUCGCUCUCCCGUGAUACGAGAUCGCUUUCCCGGAGCCGCAGCAGCCCGUCGGUCGCUUCUAUGCAGAGCCUUUGCAGGGUCAAGAUGCAGUUCCGGACUGUGCUGGACGUGAAAGUCGUGGACGUGGAGAAGAGGCGCAAUCCGUCCAAACACUACGUGUAUCUCAUCAAUGUCACCUACUCGGACAACACCUCCCACAUCAUCUACAGACGAUACAGCAAAUUCUUUGACCUACAGAUGCAGAUACUUGACAAGUUCCCAAUUGAGGGAGGGCAGAAAGACCCAAAGAAGAGGAUCAUCCCAUUUCUCCCAGGAAAAAUCCUGUUCCGGAGGAGUCAUGUGCGAGACGUGGCCAUGAAGCGGCUGCGUUUCAUCGACGACUACUGCAGGGCGCUGGUGCGACUCCCCCCUCAGAUCUCUCAGAGUGAGGACGUGCUGCGCUUCUUUGAGACGAAGGCCGAGGACGUCAACCCCCCAGUGGAGGACUAUGGCUCCAAGCGCAAGUCGGUAUGGAUGUACGGCUUUACAGACAGCCCGAGGAAAGAGGCCUCAGGGAUCGACAGCUCGGAGCCCAUGGUGCUGGAGCAGUACGUGGCCGUGGCCAACUACGAGAGGCAGGAGAACUCGGAGAUCAGCCUCAAGGCCGGCGAGACGGUGGACGUGAUCGAGAAGAGCGAAAGCGGUUGGUGGUUCGUCAGCACAGCAGAGGAGCAGGGCUGGGUGCCCGCCACAUACCUGGACUCCCAGAACGUCACCAGAGACGAUUUGGAUCUGGGCACCUCGAGGACUGGAGAAGUUACUAAGAGACGGAAGGGACAUCUGAAGAGGCUGGACCGCCGCUGGACCCUCGGGGGUAUAGUCAACCGCCAGCAGAGCAGAGAGGAGAAAUACAUGACCAUACAGCCGCACGCCAGUCAAGGCAAGGAUGAAGUGAGCUUCGAGAAAGGGGUCACCGUGGAGGUCAUCCAGAAGAACUUGGAGGGCUGGUGGUACAUCAGAUACUUAGGGAAAGAGGGCUGGGCCCCGGCCUCCUACUUGAAAAAGGUUAAAGAAGACUUCUCCCCCCGCAAGAAGACCCUGACAGGCCCCGUGGAGAUCAUCGGCAACAUCAUGGAGAUCAGCAACCUGUUGCAAAAGAAGUCGGUCAGCGAGAAGGACAUCCAGACGGACGGGGAGGGCAGCACCACGCCGGAGCGCCACUUCUGCAAGAGCGAGAUCAGCCUGCCCAUGCCCUACAACUCUGAGAUCAACGCCGAGACGGGCAGGAGGCUGAGCGCGGGCCGCGACACCAACAGCCCGUGUCUGGGAAUAGCGGCGAGCGCUGCCCUGAAUGAGAGUAAAGGGAGGGGCGAGCAAGGGUCCCCAGCUGUAGCCAGAGUGGCUCCGCAUAGAGUGGAAAUUGGCUUUGAUGCUAUAGGGUCUCCAAAUCUGAGACAAAAGCCCCCUCCACGAAGAGAAACCCACUUGGGAUUCCAGUUACCCAAGCCUCCAGAGCCCCCUGCUGUGGAAGCAGAGUAUUACACCAUUGCAGAUUUCCAGUCCUCCAUCUCUGAUGGCAUCAGUUUCCGCGGAGGACAAAAGGCUGAUGUGAUAGAGAAGAACCCUGGAGGCUGGUGGUACGUGCAGAUUGGUGAGAUGGAGGGCUGGGCCCCCUGCUCCUACAUCGACAAGCGCAAGAAGCCCAAUCUCAGCCGUCGGACCAGCACCCUGACGCGGCCCAAAGUCCCACCCCCAGCUCCUCCCGUCAAAAAACAAGAGUCCGAUGAGGCUCCUCCUCCCACUAACUCCGCCUCUAAAGUCUCAGCGCCGCCAAGCAGGCCUGUGUAUGAGGAACCUGAAUAUGAUAUUCCUGCAAUUGGAUGCGAAGGUGAAUCAGACACAGAUUCCCUGAAGGAUGAGCGAGCCCUGAAUGUGAAGAUCAGCAGCGUGGCCAGCGACAAGUACCGCAGCUCCCCUCCUUCCUGCAAGGCCUCCCCUCCUUCCUGCAAGGCCUCUCCUCCUGUCUGCAAGGCGUCCCCAGUGUUCACUCAUCGAAGAGCUUCCUUCAGGUCUGUGGAGGAGGUCGCAAAAGAGGAGUGUGUCUAUGAGAACGACGGCUUCAGGCCAGUCGGUGGUGUUGAAAGAACUUCAGUCAAAGGUUCCAGUGAGCCAAAUUCUCCAAGGAGCUACCAUUCGUCCACGGUUCCACGCAAACCAUCCGGAUCCUCGCCUCUCGCUGGUAGACCCAUGAAGACCAUGACGCCAGAGAUGAACCGGAGAAGCCAGACCCUGGGCAGACACAUAGAUAUCCGCUUCAGGUCGCAGGACAACAGCCCCGGCUCUUCAUCAGAUGAAUUGAGCAGAGGCCCCAAGAAAGGCUCUGCCUUCAGCCGGAGUGUGGAGCAGAGAAUAGGUCAGAGCCCCUCCACCAGGCCCAAGCCUUCUGUCAGACCUAAACCACUCCUCACUAAAUCAGAGCCCCAGAGUCCUGAGAGGACGGACAUCAGCUCUUUGAGACGGCAGCUGAGGCCCACAAGUCAGUAUCGGCCUCAUGGCCUCAAACCUACUCGUGGGGACGACUCUGAAACAGCCUCCGUCAUCUCAUCAGAGGACUCGAUGUGUUCACGCAGCACCUCGGAUCUCUCUUCUGUCUACUCCAAAGGGAGCCGCGGGGACUCAGACGUGGAAGGUCCCAAUCUCUACCGUUCCCUGGAUGCCUAUAAGAAGGUCCAGGACUCUGAGGUCAGCUUUCCAGCCGGGGUGGAAGUUGAAGUUCUGGAGAAGCAGGAGAGCGGUUGGUGGUACAUUCAUUGGGGAUCCGAGGAGGGCUGGGCUCCUUCGUACUACCUGGAACCUGUCAGACAAGUGGGGGAUGCAGGGGGGUUGGACCUAGAUAGACAUGGGAGUGGUAGGAGUAAGUCCAACAGCCUGGAGAAAAACGAGCAGCACGUGUUGGCCCUCAAUAACAUCAAUAUUCAGGGUCUUAGCCAGCAGCAUCAAAGCUUGAGGAGGAAUACUCCGCCAAUUCCUUCUAAGCCUCCUGGUGGCUUCUCGAAGCCGUCCGGGAUAGUCAAUGGAGGUGUACGGAUGAGGAACGGGGUCCGCCAGGUGGCGGUGAGGCCUCAGUCUGUGUUUGUGACCACAACACAGCCAGCCAAGGAUGCACACUACAUGACAGGGUCUCUGAGGCGGAAUGACUCUCUUGGCAGAAGCGAUCACUAUGGCUCCGGUUCUGUCACUCUCGGAGUCCGCCGAAACGCCUCCUUCAGCACCGUGCGUCCACACGUAGUUGUCGAAAGUCAGACGAGGCCUGCCGAGCGCCCCGGCCCGGGGUCCUCAGGCAGCGCAUUCAGCACAAGCAAUGUCCAGGACGCCCUGAGCAGAGUCAACCAACGCAACGGCAUCCCCGUGUCCACAGUUCGACCCAAGCCCAUAGAGAAGAGCCAGCUGAUCCACAAUAACCUCGGCAGGGAAGUGUACGUGUCCAUCGCUGACUAUCGUGGCGAUGAGGAAACAAUGGGAUUCACUGAGGGCACCUGCCUGGAGGUGUUGGAAAGAAACCCCAAUGGAUGGUGGUACUGCCAGGUGCAGGACAGCCUGCUUCCCCGCAAGGGCUGGGUCCCCUCCAACUACCUAGAGCGGAAGAAAUAA